UCGUCUGCGGCGGGACGUCACGCCUCCCGAUCCGCCGCCGGCCCGAGCACGUGCUUCGCCGAUUCUCGAGGGACCCUCCUCCCUGGUUCCUCCUUCGCCUCGCCCUCGCUCCCACUGCUUCCGAGGCCGCUAUCGAGGGAUCCGCGCCUCUCGCCACUCUCCUUCGUGUUCCCCGCCCACGUUCCUCGCUCCGUCUCCGCCCGCAAGGCAAGCAGACACGCCCAUCGCUCCAGCGCCCAUGGCCAGAAGCAACGAAGUCCCCGCCAAGUCGAAGGAGGUGCUGUCGCUUCUGCUGCCGUGCCUGCCGUGCCUGCCGUGCCUGCUGGGCCAGCCGGGAUGGCGAUACUCGGCUGAUUCGCCAUGAAGAGCGGCUGUGCUUGCGCGAUGGUCCUUGGGGCGCUCCUCCUCGUGCUCGGGCUUACCUGGGCGCCCACAGUCACGCCCAUUACCUCGCCCCUGCCAUCGCUCAUGCCCACGGCUACGCCCACAAAGGAUGCCCAUCGACAGCUCCUUGUACCUGCCUCUCCUGGGCUGCGACUCCCCGACGUGGCUUCACUCUGGCCCGAAGUGGGACUCGAAGCUCGCCAACUCUCGCCGAACUCGAGAACGUCCAACUCCUUCCUCAAACGUCGUUCUUUGGAAGGAGAUGUGACGUCAGCAGCGCGAACGCCAGGUGGUCCUACGUCUAUCGAGUCACCUGCCGAGAGAACCAGCUGUGCCCCCCCAGCUGCUUUCAGGUGGUGCAAGGUGGCUGUCAGAACAACGAGGGCGGUCAGAAAGACUCAAGUGGACCCCAUGCACCUCAAAGGAAGUGAGAAACGUCGAAGGAAACGGAAGAAGAAGAAGCAGAAAAGGAAGCGGAGGAAGAAAAGGAAGAAAAAAAAGAAGAGGAAGAGGCACGGGAACGAGAAGACCCGCUCUCGCCCGGAGUCCCGCUCCGCCCUGACGCCGUCGCUCGCGCCCCUGAGGCCCGACGGUGUCAAGGCGCAGGGGGACGCCGGGCCCUCGCAAGCCGUCAGGGGGGAGAGGGAGAGGGGUCCUGGAAGGCAGAGCACCCGGCAGGAGCAGCCGAGGCAAAGCGUCCGCACAGGAGGCCUUCCGCAGGUACCAUCCCUCCUUCUUCCCCUAGAGGUGAUCGACAGCCGCACUCUGGCCAGGUUGCGCUACAACCCGAGCAUCCGAGUCAGCAUCCAGGUCGUGGGCGCUGAGCAGCAGGAGGACGAGGUCGGACCCGUUGAGAUCCCUGGCGAGUACGGGCCGGAGGGAGGUCACGCCGCCCCGCCUCGGUGGCCCGGCGAGGACGCCAACAGGAUCACAGAGCUGUUCACCCACGAAGAAAAACUCAGGAACGCCGCCCACUCCCCCUCACCCACAAGAAGCCCCCCAUCGUCAUCGCCUGAGGCCGAGGAGCAGGAGCAGGACGAGGACCUGGAGGAGCAGCAGAAGCAGGAGAGAAGAAUGAGGAGGAGGAAGAAGGAGGCGUUGUUAGAAGGGAAGGGGAAGCUGGACCCCUUGCAGAAGCACGCCCCUCGCCCCUCCUUCUCUUCGCCUUCUUCAGGAACUUGGCACAACAGGAAGCGUUUUCGUUGGAAGAAGAAGAAGGAGAAGAAGAAGAAGAAGGAAAAGGGGGCAACCACGGAAGAGGAACAGAAGCAAGGGCAAUGGCAGAGAGAGAGGAGGGAAGGACGCGCAGAAAGGGGGAGAAAGAGAAGGUGGAGAAGUGAAGGAGGAGGAGGGACGGCGAUGGCAACUUCGAGGACGAGGACCCUCGGGACGGCGUUCGAGUCGAGGGAGCGGACGAGGAGGAGCUGAGGUCGACCCGAGAGCUGGUGGUGGGACUCGCCGACGCCCUGGAGGAGCUCCUCAAGGCCGGCUUCAAGGGCGCCGAGGAUAACGAGGACAUGGUCGAAGGUCAGAAGGAAAAAGUCCCUUUUAAUGUCUUUUAUUUAAUUCUUAUUAUUACCAUUAUUUGUGUUUUGUUGUUUCCUUUCUUAUUUAUUCAUUUUUUAUUUAUUUUAUUUUUAUUUUUUCUCGAUGAGGACAGCACUAAAGAAUAGAAGAGAAAAUGCAGAGGAAAAGAAAAACGCCAAAUUCCUCAACUUUCUUCCACUUUUUCUUCUUCUUCCUCUCCGUAAACUUGAACUUGACCUGAACUUUCCUGUCCUAUCUUUCUCUCUUUUAUUCUCUUUCUUUCCUUAAUUUUCUGGAUUCAAUGAGCUCUAAGAAAUGGAAGGGAAAUGCAAGAAAAAGGGGAAGAAAAUGAGAUGGA